AUGAGUAUAUUAAAUGACCAAACAAAUUCAGAUGAAGAAUUCUGAAACGAUUUCGAAAAAAAACCAGACCUCAAAAAUAGUUCCAGGGCAAAAAAAAUCCGAAAAACUCAAGAAGAACCUCCAAUAGAAAAUCAAGAAAUUCCGAAAUUAAAAGCCCAAAGAUAUGAGCAGCUUAUAGAGAGAAUCAGACUGGCGUCAAAAGAGCAGGUUUCCUCAGCAUCAAUUUAUGUAAGAAAUCAGACCCGGCAGGAAAAUUUGAUAACUCUCAAAGAAAUGCAAGAAGAACUGUUAGAAGCCCAAACUAAAAUUUUAAAAGAAAAAGAUGCGUUAGAACUGAUAAUUAUUAAAAAGAAUGAUGAAAUAAGGGGACUGACUAGUCUAGUAAGGGAGCAAGAAGAGAUUAUAACUGAAAUGAGAAUUCAAUACUGCUUAAGCAGAAGGGUAAGCGAAGUCUGUUCAGAAAACUCACAAAGAAACUCUCCACUUGACUCAUAUUUUAAUGAAAAUCAAGAAAUUUCUUUGCAAACUAUGCAAGAAGAUUCACAAAAAUCUGCCAAAAAUAAUAAGCAAAAUGAGGAAUUAAAGCUAGAAAUCCAAAUUUUAAAACAAAAGUACGAAUCACUAAAGGAAAUCUGUAAAAAUUGCUCAGAAGAGGCAGCUGAAUAUUUAGAAAAGUGAAAAUCUGCUCAAUCUGAUCUUGAAAGACUAAAAGAGACUUAUGAGUCAGAAAUUCAAUCAUUAAGAGCAGAAAAAAUACAAAUUGAAGAGCAAUUGUUAACUGAAAAAAAUAAGAUUGAGGGUAAAUUCCAUCAAUACAAGGCUGAAACUACAAAAGAGCUAGAAAUCAGAGAAGUUUUGUGUAAAAAAUUAAAAGAAACAGCUGAUAUCGCACAAGAAGAAUUAAAAUGUGCAAAAACUGUUUUACAAAGCCCAAGGCUGAGAAAUAAGCUGCAAAGCAGCUUAAAAUUAUAUAUUAAAGAAAUAGAAAAGCCGAGCCAGUCUGCAAAUUCUUCAAGGGAUUUUGAAAAAAGGCUAGCGAUAAGAACAUCUGGGUGUAGUUAUGAUAAGAUUUCUCAUAAGCUAAAUAAAUCUUUGGAUUCAAAUGAAGCUUCUUCAAUAGCUACCAAGCCCAGUAUGCAGGUGUUUGACAAGACAUGUGCAGUAGAUUUAAAAAUGUUAAGAUCUGGCUACAGAGCUUCAAGAUCAAAAGGGCAUAGUUUAUAUUCUUUUUUAUAUAUAUUUGCAUAACUUAUAUUAUAAAUAAUUUGGCCCAUAAAUAUAGUUGAAAAAAACCUUUGGAGAUAUACAUGUUUUAAAUAAUUGCUAAUUUUAUCAAUAUGGAAGAAGCUAAAGAGAUGACCUUAG